UUGAAAAGGAGGGGCGGGUGGCCCCGGGAGGGGGGAGGGGGGGGGGGGGGGGGGGGGGGGGGGGGGGGGGGGGGGGGGGAGGAGAGUUGGAGGCAGGAAUCGCUAGCAAGAACCAGCUUUACAAGAUGGUGAAGGGGCGUAUGACGACCGCUGACGUGGCGGCGGAGGUGGCAUGCCUCCGCCGUCUGAUUGGGAUGCGUGUGGCCAACGUGUACGACAUCAAUCCUAAGACAUAUGUUCUGAAAUUGGCUAAGAGCGGGGGGGUUACAGACACCGGAGAGAGUGAGAAAGAGCUUCUGCUCGUGGAAAGUGGAAUCCGUUUUCACACUACCAAGUUCUCCAGAGAUAAGAGUAUAACCCCCUCAGGUUUCACACUGAAGUUGCGCAAACACAUCCGGACGCGGCGUCUCGAAGAUGUCCGGCAGCUUGGGAUUGAUCGCGUCGUUGAUUUCCAGUUUGGCCUGGGAGAAGGCACACACCACCUCCUUCUUGAGCUUUACUCCCAGGGUAAUAUCCUCCUCACUGAUGGCUCUUACAAGGUCCUUGCCCUGCUUCGCUCUCAUCGAGAUGACGAGAAGGGCAUAUCGAUGAUGGUGAAUCAUCAGUAUCCCGUUGAGAUGUGCCGUGCGUUUGAAAGGACGACGAAGGAGAAGUUGACGGCUGUGUUGAAGGGCGAGGAGGGGGCACAGAGGAGGGGUGCAGAGGGGGGGAGAGAGUGCGGGGUCCUCGAAGAAGAAGAGCAUGCGAAGGGGAAGGGAGCCAAUCAGAAUGGAGUAAAGUCCACAAGGGAUAAAGGGGGAGAAUGUGGUGGAGAUCAAAGGGGGUCUUCGGCUUCCAAGGGAAGCUCUGCGGUUGGUGGCAAAGGAGGAGGAGGAGGGGGAGGAGGAGGAGGAGGAGGAGGAGGAGGAGGGAAGGGUGGAAAGAAGGAAGUAGCAGCCACGCUGAAAGGAACCGGAAAGAAGCAAGCAGGGGGUGGUGACGGCUAUGGCGAACCCCUGCUGAAGGGGUUGAUUGCCGAUGGCCUUGCCUACGGGCCCUCCUUGAGCGAGCACAUCAUUCUUGAUGCAGGACUCUCACCCCACAUCAAGAUAGGAGGGGGCAAAGGUGUGGGUGAUGGAGGAGGGGGAGUGAAGGGGUUAACGACAUGGCAGAUAGAUGGGCUUAUGGAGGCGGUGAGCACGUUCGAGGACUGGUUCCAAGGUCUGAAAGCGACGGCGACGAUCCCUGAGGGGUUCAUUGUGAUGCAGAAGAGAAGCGGAAGAGGAGGAGGUGACAGCGGCGGGAAAAGUGCAAAAUUUGCCGGGAAGGGUGCUGCCAAAGCCGCCGCUAAAGGAGCAAAUCAAAACUCUGCUGCUGCUUCUGCUGCUGCUGCUGCUGGUGCUGCCAAAGCCGCUAAGGGAGCAAAUAAAAACUCUGCUGCUGCUUCUGCUGCGUCUGCUGCUUCUGCUGCUUCUGCUGCUUCUGCUGUUGCUGCUGCUGGUGCUGGUGGUGCUGGUGGUGCUGGUGGUAGUGGGGGGGCCAGAGGCAAAGAGAACAAGCAAGAACAAGCAAUUGAUGAUGAUGAGAAGCCCGAACAGAGCUCAGAGGAACUGAAGCUGUAUGCAGAAUUCGUUCCAUUUUUACUUAAGCAGCUGGAAGGAUGCGAGAGCUUGAGAUUCAACACCUUCGAUGCGGCUAUGGAUGACUUCUUCUCGAAGAUAGAAGGGCAGCGAUUAGAUCAGCAGCGGCGUGCUGCAGAGACUAUGGCGGUUGGCAAGCUGGAUAAGAUCCGAGCUGAUCAGACGAAGCGCGCGCAAGUCCUGCAGGAGGUUGCUGAUGAGUCGGUCCGUAAAGCAGAGCUGAUCGAGUACAACUUAGAUGACGUGGACGCUGCAAUCCUAGCCGUCCGUGGUGCGCUGGCCAGCGGGAUGGACUGGGUGGAGCUAGCGCGCAUGGUCAAAGACGAGCGCAAGGCUGGCAAUCCGGUGGCAGGGCUGAUUCAUAGCCUGCAGCUGCAGAAGAACCAGAUCACCCUUCUUCUGAGCAAUGACUUGGACGACAUGGAGGAGGAGGAGAAGACCCGGCCUGCUGACAAGGUGGAAGUGGACUUGGCCAUUUCUGCUCAUGCCAAUGCCAGAGUGCACUUCGAUGCCAAGAAGAAACAUAUAGUCAAGCAACAGAAGACGUUAAGUGUGCAAGAGAUGGCUCUGAAGGCAGCGGAGAAGAAGACCAACGAGCAACUAGCCCAGGCCAAAAGGGUUGCCAAGAUUGUCCACAUGAGGAAGGUCCACUGGUUUGAGAAGUUUCACUGGUUUAUAUCUAGCGAGAAUUAUCUGGUGAUCAGUGGGAAGGACGCCCAGCAGAACGAGAUAGUGGUUAAACGUUACCUCAAGAAGGGUGACCUGUACGUGCAUGCAGAACUCCAUGGGGCAGCUAGUUGUGUCAUCAAGAAUCCGCAUCCAACGGCUCCUGUGCCUCCAUUAACUCUCAAUCAGGCAGGAUGCAUGACUGUGUGUAGAAGUGCGGCCUGGGACUCCAAGAUUGUGACCAGUGCUUGGUGGGUUUAUCACCAUCAGGUGUCGAAAACAGCACCCACAGGAGAGUACCUCCCCACAGGAAGCUUCAUGAUCCGAGGGAAAAAGAACUUCCUCCCUCCUAAUCCUCUCUUGAUGGGCUUUGGCUUCCUCUUUCGGCUGGAUGACAGUUCGGUCGCGGCGCAUGUAAAUGAGAGGAGGAUUCGAAUCGAGGGUGAAGAGGUGGCAGAGGAGGCAUCCAACGAUGCAAACGUCAGGAAGGAAGCAACCUCAGCCUCUGCUGCUAUUGCCUUGGCUGUUGCUGCUGAUGCUGUGGCCAGUGCAGCUGCCAGCGAUGGUGGUGGUGCUGCUGCUGCUGCUGCUGAUGAUGAUGAUGAUGAUGAUGAUGAGGUUGAGGAUGAUGGUGGUUUGCCGAGCAUGGAUCGCAGUGAUGAUGGAGAUGCAGAAACUGCUAGUGAGGGUGCAAGUGAGGAAGAAGAUGAAUUGACGAACACCGAGGUAGGAAGGACAAGGGGAAAGGAGGAUGGAGGUAAUCUGGAGGAAGAAGAUAGAGAAGGGGUCAAGAAGGAUCACCCUGUGCCAGUGAGGGUGGGUGGGGACAAGUACGAGCUUGAUGGACCAGGGGACGAAAGCGGGGAUGAUGGAGAAGGGGGAGGAGGGGGAGAAAACAGGGACGGCAAGGGCGAGGAGGAGGGGGGGAAUGCGGAUCUCGCACGGCGAGAUAAACAUCACCUAUCUAUUGCAGAGAGGCGUCGACUGAAGAAAGCAAGUGCACAAGCCAAAAAGAAGCCUCCCUCCAAUUCAGAGGGAUUGAAAGAGGGUGCAAAUGACCAGCAGCAGAAAGCUAGUCAGCAGGGAAAAGGUGGAGAAGAGGAGGAGGAGGAGGAAGAGGAGGAGGAGGAGAAGAAGGAGGCAGAAGCACCAAGCAAAACCUCUGGCAGAAUACAGAGAGGCAGAAGAAGCAGGUUAAAGAAAAUUAAGCAGAAGUAUGCUGAUCAGGACGAAGAGGAGAGAGAGCUGAGAAUGGUUCUUUUGGGGUCAGCUGGAGUCCAUAAGAAGAAUGCUGUGCAAGGGCAACACCCUCCUCAGGGGAAGGAUGUCAAGGGAGGAGGAGGAAAAGGCAGCAAACAAGGGGCGGCGAAUGCAUCUCACCCAAGAAUAGGGGAAGAUGCAGAAGCUGAAGAUGACUUGUCCACUGCCUCCAGGGUGUGCUACAAGUGUAAGCAGACAGGGCACAUAGCUCGCGAUUGCAAAGCUACGGUGUCGACAACGGGUGAGAUGGGUGGCGCGGACGCCGAGAGAGCUUUCAGAGGAGAGGGAGAGAAGAAAGAGGGUAUGAGCAGACGCGCAAGAGCGAGAGCAGAAGAGGCUGAAGUCACUGCGCUGUUGGCGGAAGAGAACAUCUUGGAAUUGGGAGAUGAAGACAGAGAAAAGCUGACCGAGCUCGACUCGCUGACAGGCGUUCCCCGCGAGGACGAUGUCUUGCUGUAUGCUGUUCCUGUCUGCGGACCUUACAGCGCUCUUCAGAACUACAAGUACAGGGUGAAGUUGACGCCGGGGACUGUGAAGAAAGGCAAGGCGGCAAGAACCGCAGUCGAGGUGUUUGCGCGGACAGUGGAUGUUUCACCACGCCAGAAGGAUCUUAUGAAGGCGGUACCCGAAACUGAGCUUGUUGCAGUCAUGAUAGGGAAUGUGAAGGUGGCAGCUCCAGGGCUUAUGAAGAUCAGGCAAGAUCAGAAAAAAGCGAAGAAGGUUGCAGCCAAGGGGUGAUGUGUUUUGCAGUUCUUUUGUGGACAUUCUGUCUAGCACAGAGGAUAGGAUUAAACCGCCUAAAUCUGGACGUAUUUGUGGAUAGCUGCAGAAAAAACGAAGGAAAAAAAAAAAAAAGAGAAUUGGGAGGUUCAUGUGGAAGUAGGGCAGGUGGGGAGGUGUGGGGCAUCACCCACCCCCUUUCCUCCCUCUCAGGUGUAGCGAGGGUGGUGUGGGGACGGAUGAGUUUUACGGGCUCUCCUGCCAAUCGGUUCUUCUGAGAACUCGAUCUGACAGAUGUUGACACGCGGACAUUC